UGAUAGCGAUGUCUGAUAGGUUGAGAUUACAUAACAUGAGCGUGUAGUAAUAGUUGUUAAUAUUUUAUAAGUAACGAAAGGCAUAAGACGUCGUGUGAUUUUAAUUAUAGUACAGGCAUAGCGCCGAUAUUGGUUUAGCUUGGGGUAUAUACGUGACAUGAGGUUGUUUGCCUGAAAUUUUAGGUUUGAACCGACGGUUUGCGAGUUGGACGUCACAAACGGUUAUUGUGAAUGCCGACGCGAAAUGCGGUCAACAAACAAUCGGUUCUCGCGAUGCCUUUUGUGCGUGGACCGUGGAAUAUAACUAGGUUAUGCUUUUGUGAAUGGAUCGUGGCUGUAAAAGAGACAGCACGACAAGACACGCCGGGUUAGAAAUAGUUGGCGAACGGUUAGUGCGCGCGGCGAUUCAAAAGCGAGGCGAGAAACGUGAAUGGGAUUGUCGUUGUUCAAUAUGAAUAAGAACACAAGAGACGGAAAGCAUCAUAAAGCAAAGCAAGCUAAGGCGAUGACAGCCAGCUUAACUCUUGAGGAAUAUCUCAACUACUUCCUCUGUCCUGGUGAGAAACAACAGAAUGAAAAAGCAAAAGGUUGCCUUCUCGUGGCAACUGUUUACCAAUCGGAGAAAAGCGGAUCCGAAAACAUGAUCUAUGCAAGGAAGAUAAUUGGUGGGAAAAGUUUGGACCCGUUCAACUGCUUCACCAAAGAUAUGACAGGAGGCCACAGGGAAGGUGGGUUGGUGGAUCAUUCAUCAGUUACAGUUGAACUGAUGUCAAGCAGAAGUCCAAGCAAUGCAGGAGCUGAACAACUUCAAGGGUUUCUUGAAUACUGUAAGAAGCAUUCAAUUAAAGUGAAUAUCAAUUUCUCAUUCGUGCAACCAUUUUCAUGGGACAACAAGUUUAACAGAGAAGGUUUGCAUAAUCUUUAUGAAAAAGGAGUCAAACUGAAAAUUCUGAGUUUUCAACAAGUAAUCAACUGCAUGAUGGGUGACCUCAGUGACAGUCUGGAGUCCCUAGAUCAACUUGAAACUUGUCGGGGAACACUGACCCUUGAUGCGCAAACACUUAGGCGAGCAAUUUCAAACUUUCAAGAUGUGUUAGUUGUAGAUAACGAUGGUUAUUACAAUGAACACAACAGAAGACUGCAGGAAAUAUUAGGCUAUCAGAAUGGAGUAGCAAUCCAGAAAGCAAGUCAACAAGAAGAAAUGACCGGCUUUUCUCUCAACACUUACAGGGAUUAUUUUCUUUUACAAAAUUCUGACGAAAUUUGGGCCAAAUUUAAAGUCAACUUAAGGAAACAAGGAGAAGGAAUUACACAGGAAGAAUCUUUAUUUGAGAAGGUUUACUCCAUGGAAGGUAGUGAGAAUAAUGGCAAAUCUAAUCAAAACAAAGUUCAUCUUAUGGCAAAUCACUUGUGGAAAUUGGUUGGGGAUAACGUGACUCUUCAUGAAUUAGCGAAUCACAGAGAGAUCGUGAUACAGAUUAUGGUCGUCAUUAGUGAGUACCCGGAUCGCAUGGGAUUCUGUGCAUCUCUGCGAAGAUUACAACAUGAUCUGAUGGAGAGAAUACAGGAUGCAGGAUUGCAAAGAGUUCGAGUUGAAUCUUCUAUUAGAUAUGCAAUGGAUGAGUCAGCAACUGUUUCUCCAAAUUCAUCCAUAGCUUCCCCGUCAUCAUUACAUGAAGAGGAUGGAACACACACCACUGCCGAGUGCAUGCAUCUUCAAGAUAUCCUCCUUGACAUGCUAGAGGAUGUGGAGGACAACUUCAAGCUGCUUGGGAGGUUGGAGUACGAUGGGAGAGCAGUAGUAAGGUUGGAUAAAUCGGCCCUUUCUUCUGCCCUUGGAUUGGUGAACAAAGCAAUCAGAAUACACAUUGAUGGCACAGAGCAUUCAAUGAAUGGGAACUUUGACGACAGAUAUGCAGAAGCUGCAAACUUAGCUUUAUAAUAGAAGUUGUUUUAGAAUUUUACCAAAUAGGGUCUGUUUUAUUAUUUUUUAAACCUAUACAGACAACCAAAGUUUUGCAUAAAAAAGGGAAUUUGUAAAAUGAUGCAUUUGUAACUGCGCCGUGUUUAUUCUUUUACAAUGUUUAUUUCAGCGUGUUUAGAACUGUUGUGUCACUUUAUACUUCCACUUUUGUAAUAUUUGUAAGAAUUUCUUCCUUUACCAACACACAUUAUCCAUUAUCAUUUUUAAAUACGCACUUAAUAAAAUUCACCAACACAUUG